AUGCAAAUUUCAAUUUCAUUUUUAAAAUCCAAUAAAGGUAAAACAUUACUGUUGUUGAAUCAAUAUUUGUUCAAAUGCAAUAAAACAACACAUUCAAAAAAAUAUUGGACUUGCAUUGAACGUGGAUGUGGUGUGUCUGUUCAAACAGACUUGAAUGAUCAAUUUUUACUGAUUAAUGGUGAUCAUAAUCAUGUUGUUAAUCCGGAUUUAAUAGAAGCAAAAGUAUUGAAAGAGAAAAUGAAACAUCGUAUUUUAACUGAAACAACAUCGUUGACACAGAUUUAUGAUCAGGAAAUUGCAAAUGCUAAACUGUCUGAAGCUACUGCAGCACAAUUUCCAACUGUAAUCGAAUAUCGUUCUAACAUGAGUAAAACUAGACGAAAAAUAACACCAGUCAUACCAACGUCCUGUGUAUUCGAAAUUCCAACAUCAUACCAAGAAACAUUAUCACAAAAACGUUUUUUGUUGAUGGAUUUUUUUUUAAAACGUGGGAAGGAGCGCGUGAUCGUAUAUUCAACUAAUCAACAACUUCAUCUUUUAUUCAAUAGUGAAGAAAUAUUUAUUGAUGGAACGUUUCACGUGGCUCCUGGUGGCUUUGAGCAAGUCUUCUUGAUACACGUUCAUCACUUUGGUCAGGGUUUGCCGGUUGUGUUCUGUUUAAUGCCAAAUCGACGAGCAGCAACGUAUUCAGAAUUAUUUCAACGAUUAAAACAAGAGGCAACCGCGAUGGGCAAACAAUUCGAACCCCGCCGUAUAAUAUCUGAUUUUGAAGCAGCUUUGAUCCCGGUGAUUCGACAAGAAUUUCCAACCGCAACACAUACGGGAUGCAUGUUUCACUUUAACCAAAAUAUUCAUCGUAAAAUUAUGGGUCUGGGAUUAGGUACCGAUUAUGCACAAGAUGCUUCAAUACGUGAACAGUGCAAGCAAUUAAUGGCUUUAUGUCUAAUGCCUAUUUCUGAAGUGGAAUAUCAAUUUAAACGUAUUCGUACGAUUGCAUCACCAUCAUUGGAUGAUUUAUUCACGUACUUUUAUCGUCAAUGGAUAGAUGGAAAUGUUCCAUUGUCAAUGUGGAAUUUUUAUGAUCUCAAUCAUCGAACAAACAAUAUUUGUGAAGGUAGUUUAAAAAAUCUUUAA